AUGGGUGACAAGAAAAUCUUGAAGCUUAAUUCGUCCGGAAGAAGUCCGUGGUAUCAUGCUGAUGGCACUGUGACGAAAAGUUACGUGAUUGGUGUAGCCGGUGGUAGUGCUAGCGGAAAGACGAGUGUUGCUGAGCGAAUUUUAAAAAAUCUUAACGUUCCGUGGGUCGUCAUUGUCUCGAUGGAUUCGUUUUACAACGUAUUGAAGCCGGAACAAAGUAAACUUGCACAUGAAAAUAAUUGGAAUUUCGAUCAUCCGUCAUCAAUCGAUUAUGACCUACUAUUUGACGCGCUAUGCAAGCUCAAGCACGGCAAAUCUGUUCAGAUACCCAACUAUGACUUUUCUUUACAUGCACGAACUGACAAAACUACUACGAUUUAUGGUGCGAAUGUAAUCAUCUUUGAGGGCAUCUAUGGACUAUACAAUAAGAAGAUCAGGGAUCUGAUGGAUUUAAAGAUUUUUGUGGAUACGGAUGCUGAUAUUCGAUUGGCUAGACGAUUGCAGCGUGAUAUCGCUGAAAGAGGACGAGAUUUACAAGGAGUACUACAGCAAUAUACACGAUUUGUCAAGCCGGCAUUUGACGACUAUAUACAGCCUACGGUUAAAUACGCAGACGUUAUCAUUCCAAGAGGUCUUGAAAAUGUUGUAGCUAUCGAUUUGAUUACUAAGCAUGUUCAACGAGAGUUGACAGAACGUCGAAUGCAUUUACGGUGGGAUCUCGCUAACACGCCUAUUGACGAUGCAGUUCCACCGGACGUGAUGGUUUUGCCCGAAACAAAUCAAAUUAAGGGUAUGCAUACAAUUCUACGUAAUAGAACUACUCCAAGAGACGAAUUUGUCUUUUAUGCCGAACGACUGUCAACCAUCAUUGUCGAAGCAGCCUUCAACUUAUUACCGUUUGAAAAGACUACCGUGACCACACCCGUUGAAGCAGAAUACGAUGGUAUGGUAUUCCAACAAAAGCUUUGUGGCGUUUCUAUUUUGCGUGCGGGUGGAACAAUGGAAACGGGUUUACGUCGCGUGUACAAUGACGCCGUAAUAGGCAAGAUUUUGAUCCAAACUGAUCCAAGUACUGGUGAGCCGCAGCUUCAUUAUUGUAAACUCCCGGCGGAUGUUAAAGAUCAUUACGUUAUUCUAAUGGAUGCAACCAUUGGUACUGGUGCGGCUGGGUUAAUGGCUAUCCGAGUGCUGUUAGAUCAUGAGGUUCCUGAGAAUCAUAUCAUUCUCACCGUAUUCCUCGCUGCCCCAGUGGGCCUAAACGUCAUUGCAAAAGCCUUUCCUCGUGUCAAAAUUGUCACUUCGAUGGUUGAUCCUGUUUUAUCAAAAGAAACAUUGUACAUUGAGCCGGGCAUCGGCAACUUUGGUGAUCGAUACUUUGGUACAGAAGACGAUUAA